GGGUGUGCAAACAGAAGCGGAAGCCUCGUAUGAGGGGGAGUACACGUAGCCGUUAACGGUCGUAUUGUAUGUCAUUAUUUCUCCUCUGCGUUAACAAGGUAUCACCGAGGACGUCGACACAGAGAGAUGGCACACGAGCAAAAUUAUCUCCCAGCCAAAUUUGACGAGUCUGAAGUGACUACAUUCACCACACACACGGGAGAGGAGAGACAGGUCCUCCGACAUGAGGGCCUUAGCUUAGAUGUUAACUUUAUCAGCUCGGGGUUCAUUCCUGAUGUCCGGGAAAACCUGAAAAAGAUGAGGAAAAUGGAAUGUCGAGACGAUGACGUAUUCAUUUGUGCAUCUAUGAAAUCAGGGACACACUGGGUAUGGGAAAUGACAACCAUGCUACUGAAAGGAAAGGCAGAAUACGAAAACGUAUCCAAGGAGACGAGAAUGAUGGAGUUCCAUUGGCCAGAAGAGUUUGACAGUCUUCCAUCACCAAGAGCCCUUAACACCCAUUUUUACCUGAGACUUCUCCCCGAACAAUUAGAAAAUGGCUCCAAGGGACGAAUUAUCUUCAUCCAGAGAAAUCCUAAAGAUGUUGUCGUUUCGAAUUUUCACCACAGGAGGAACAUGACCAUAGGUCAAUUCAAACAUUCCUUCAGCGACUUUCUACAGAUUUACCUUGAUCAUGGUUUCACUGUCGACUGGUUCAAGUACACAAACGACUGGAAUGAAAUUAUUGCGGACAACAACAAAUUACAGAUUCACAUGAUGUACUAUGAAGAUAUUAUAAAGGAUCCUAUAGGAGAGACCCGGCGUCUGGCAGACUUCCUUAAGGUAGAUUAUGACGAACAACUUAUCAAGGACGUCAGCCACAACUGUAAUUUCAAAAAUCUUAAGAAAGCUAAUAAGGAGGUCAAAGCCGAAGCGAGCGGAAAUCCUAAUCCGGAAAUGAACGAUUUUCAAAACAUGUACAGGAAAGGUGAAGUCGGAGACUGGAAAAACUGGUUCACGGUAGCCGAUAGUGAGAAGUUUGAUGCUGUCUUCAAUGAAAGGAUGAAAGGGCUUAACUUUAAAUAUACAUACAGCUUAAAACAAAAAUAAUAACUCAUAUUAGUACACUCUUAUAAAUACCUAGCCCUCAACAUAUUCAGGAAAAUGCCUUUUAAUAUUCAUAAUCAAUUUAUUUUUAACAUGUGCGUAUGGAGCAAUACAUUAACUGUUCAGUCAAAUUGUCCGCGUGCAUGCGUACAUGACGAAGGGAAUGAGUGCGCGUGAGUUUGUACGUAUGAUUUAUUUCUGUUUAAGGAUAUAAAUGCGUACUUCAUUUACAUUGGAUGUGGUAUGAUUGUAUUUCACUAUGAAACUUGAAUGAUUUAAUUAUACAAAGAAGGAGAAUAAAUUUUGAGGUUAAAAUUGUGUAGAUAACGGUAACAGAACAUCGUGUAGUGUUGGAUAAUUAGACAAUGGAUGAUUGGCUUAAUCAGUGAUAAGCGCAAAUUUCAAUCAGAGUAAUUGGAAUUGAAUUUACGUGUAAAAUUACGAUUUUUUACCUUGUAUAUUUACAAAAUUAUUAAAGGUUGAAAAAUGUCGUUAAACAGUUAGUAAGCUAAUCACUUUUGAACAACUGGGCCCUGGACUUGGGAGGCUUUCAAAAUCAUCUGCUUAAUAGAUUUGUAUGAUUCCAUGGUGUAACUCAGCAACUCAGACUCGUCGCACGUAGCUGCAAGAAUUAAAAGUAAUUAUUAACAAUAUCAA